AUGUCGCCGCGAAGUCAUCACGCCCCGCCAGGAUCUCUCCUCUCUCGCUGGCUCUCAUCGGACGACGAAGUAACAACAACAACACCACCACCACCACCACCACCACCACUAACAACAAUAACAACAACGACAUCAUCAUCGAGACUACCCCAACCUAUUGGCCGCACUGCCAAGGCCGUCUCGUCCAUGUUCUCCACUUCGCCGCGGUCGUCGGCUGGCAUGGUAUCACCGGCGGAGUACGCCUGCCUGCCCACAUCUAUCCAGAGGAAAUACUUCUCGUCAGUCGAAAGAUUGCGUAUCGCCCAGGAGUCCGCAGCACAAAGCCGCGGGGAGACGGUUGCUAUCAAAGGCCCAUGUCUAUCACUUGACCCCUCUGCGGAUGUCCUCAGGCCCAGGACAGCUCACGCUUCGUUUGGAAUCUCAUCCUUUAAGGAGGCCGUGGCUGCUCCUCGUUGUCGAUUGGAUGCAGAUGUUGAUGAGCAUCAAGCACUACGCUUUUUGGCCCUACCGAGCAAAGUGAAGCGAGCACAUUUCACCAGGGAAGAACUCAUUCUCUUAACCGAAAGCUCAGAAAGGGUGCUGGGCUGGGCGGCGUUGCAUAGCAGUCCCCAUCGUGUGAGGCAGGAUCGGCAUGGGAGUGUUGGAUCUUCGCGGUCUUUCUCAACGGACUCUGGCGACUGUUUCCCAGACAUGGAAAAGGACUGGCUCGACAGCAAGACAGACUCGCUCAAGAGUCUCGAGCAUGUGGAUGCCGAUGAAACGUCGGACAUGCACCCUCACGUUGGCGAUGAAGGCGCCUCCGCUACUACCGUCAACCUUUCGCAAUCGCGACCAACACUCAUUUCCAUACAGCGGCCCGCAUCUCGACGCACCAAGGCCAAAUCCAGAAAGAGAAUCUCUGUACUAGCACCUCUACCCCUUCCGCCUCCGAGACUGUCGCCGGCGGUUCCAUCAUUCCCAUUGCCACCGACUUCCAGACCCACAGAACCGAGCCCGGAAACGACAUACUACAAAGACACCGAUGCACGGUCGAAGCUACGCGAAUUCCUCACAUCCCCUGCCAAGUUUGACGAAGCUCUCGAAUUUGGGUUUCCAGAACGAGGCACCACAUCGCCCAUGUCGAGUGUACAGCCAUCGCUUGCUUCAGAAUUGGACGAGCUUUCUAUAACAAAUACCCGUGAUGAUGAUGACGAGGACGAAGACGACUACCUCAGUGGUCCACGGACGCCAUCAGUAACGACAGAAGGCUACAACCCGGGCAUUGUUCACCAUGGCUCCUUGGAUUGCGGCGUCAUAUCACCCUACAGCUUCCAGCAGGGCAAAGGAAGCAUUCGGUCCAUGUCUCCCGAUUUCGACGCAAGCCGAUCUAUGACGAUGAGAAUGUCAUUGACGAGGUCAGACCUGAGGAGGCCAGAAGACAGACUGUACUCCAUGGCCAGGAUGCAGGCCUCCGGCGUUGACAUUUCACACGCGGAUCCACUCGCACUUGAUCCAUUGCCGGUCUGCGAUGACCACACGGGCGCAAAGGGGGCUUUUGCGGUGACGCCGCGGAUGACGUCGUCUUCUGGUGGUGGAUUGAAGAAAGUGUGGAAGAACCUGCGAAAAAUUUGA